AUGUUACGUCGAGCUAAUCUCAGAUUAUCGGUUUUCGGACGGCCUGCCAGAUUGUCUCUUGUAUCGCCUUCCAAGCCCGCCCAACUCUUUCGAUCUUACUCCUCAUCUCCUUCCGAUGACCUUCUGGCUGGACCUGUAAACUUCGCUUUAAGUGCCGACCAACAAGCUUAUCAAGAACUGGCCAGAAGAUUUACCGCGGACCAUGUCAUCCCAGUCGCCGCUGAAUAUGACCGAACAAUGGAAUAUCCAUGGCCAGUCUUGAAAGAAGCUUGGAAAGCAGGCUUAUUGAACACGCACGUCCCUGCAGAAUAUGGUGGGAUUGGUAUUGGGUUACUAGAGUCGGCGUUGAUUUCCGAAGAGAUUGCAUACGGUUGCACGGGGAUUCAAACUGCAUUCGAAGCGAGUGGAUUAGCACAGGCGCCGUUGAUCGUAGCCGGUAGCGAUGAACUGAAGCGCAAGUAUUUGAGCAUGCUGAUCGAAGAGCCUCUGGUGGCAGCCUAUUGCGUCACCGAACCGGGCGCAGGGAGCGACGUAGCCGGAAUCAAGACUCAAGCCGUCAAGACUGGGAACGAUUUCGUCUUGAAUGGCUCAAAGAUGUGGAUCACCAAUGGCGGAAAGGCCUCGUGGUACUUCGUCUUGGCUAAAACUGACCCCCAAGCACCCGUGCACAAGUCUAUGUCGGGAUUUAUUGUCGACGCUAAUUCGCCUGGGGUUCUUGUUGGGAAGAAGGAAGUGAACAUGGGUCAAAGGUGUUCCGAUACUCGCCAAAUAACCUUUGAAGAUGUCGUCGUGCCCUCCUCGAACCUAGUCGGUGCUAUGGGCGAAGGCUUCAAGGUAGCGAUGGCAGCCUUCGACAUGACCCGCCCGUUGGUGGCCAGCGGAGCUGUGGGAUUGGCCCAGCGUGCACUUUCAGAAGCCGUCAAGUACGCUCAGACCAGAAAAACUAUGGGCAAGCCGAUCAUAGAACACCAAUCGGUUAGCCACAUGUUGGCAGACAUGACGAUAGGUGUCGAGUCGGCUCGAGCGAUGGUAUGGAAAUCCACAUUCAUCAAGGACACUGGUCAUCGUAACACUUAUUAUGCCUCGAUCGCGAAAUGCUUGUCCUCUGAAGUAGCGGUGCGCAAUGCCGGAAUGGCCGUCCAAAUCUUUGGCGGUGCUGGCUUUAACACUGAAUAUCCGGUAGAGAAGUUGUAUCGAGAUAGUAAGAUCUUUACUUUGUACGAGGGAACAUCUCAAAUCCAAAGAUUGAUUAUCUCCAAAUUUUUGCCGACUAUGUACCCUGUUUAA